CUAGGAUUGGCAGAUAUACCAGAUAAAAGCAUGGAACGGCUAGCUGAACUUGAAAAAUAGGCUAAAAAGUAUUCGUUUAUCUGAAAUACUAGUUUAACUGGACGUCCUGUAUUUUAUCUAUCAACUCCUGCUUUCUCCUUAAAAUUUUUGUUACCUUCCUGCAAAAAUAUUUUAAAUGGAAGGCAAAAAAGUUAAGUUGCCUGGGCCUAACAGCAGAUAAACGCUCACGGCACUCGGCCUUCCCCAAACUUGGCCUUUAAAUUGAAAAAAAAGAACCUACGAGUCCCGGGAGUCUGCGCAUAAAAGCGAGGCGCGCAGCUGCUUUCCCGCCGGUUUUUUGGGAGCGCAGGAGCCGCGCGCCGCGGGGUGGAGCGCGAACGGCUGUGUCCUUGCGGGAUCGGAAAGGAGGCACCGGAAACUUUAAACCCCAGCCCGAGCACAACAUGCUCACUUAGACGGCGAUGUGUGGAGGCUGUCCCCGGAAGGCCGCUGGCGAGCGGCUGGCCGGGGACUUCCAGGCUGUGCCCCGGUUUCUCCUCGCGGAACCACAGCCGGUGUCCACCUCUGUGAGAAGAGCUCUGGACGUUUCCCCGCGCGGAGCCGGCCCGGCGGUGGUGCUGAUAGUGCGGCGCUGGCGGGGGCCCGGCGCCCGCCACGGGCUCGGAGCGGGGAGGGGCGCGGGAGGCGCAUCCCGGAGACGUGGCGGGAGCGCGGCGGGCCGGCCCGGGGCUCCUGGCGGUCGACGGAGGAAGCGCGGGAGGCGCUGCUCGCAGCCUCUCGGCCGUCUGGAAGCAGUUGGCGUCUGGCUGCGCUUCUGCCGCCCGUUUCUUGCUCGGGCAGCCCGGGGGACGCCUUCCCCUCCAGGCAGUGGCGGCCUCCGCACCUUUUCUCCUUCCAGAGCGGGCGGCCCGGGGAGAACGCCCGGGCCGGGUGCCAUCUCUGGACCCCGGAGCCCUCGGGGCGCGGCGGGGAGGGGCCGGGCGCCGGUACGACGUCUGCGGCGAAGUAAGGACGGAGGAGCGCCGUGUGGCCGGCGCCUCCCGACACCAGGGCCCUGGCUGAGAUGGAGGUCGGGUUGCAGUGAGCACUCCGGUCGCGCGCUAGCAUUGCAGGCAGAAGAGCACACCCGUUAAUGAUAAAGUUUGUGCCUUUUACCUUUUACAAUAUAUUCCCACAGUAAAUUUAAGAAUGUUAAAAAAUGUAAACCUACAAUUAAAAGUUUAUAUUUAAA